UAUAGCCUUGCUGGUAAAUUGAGAGGAGGAGAAAAUACCUCAUGAUUUGGCUGCUGUGCCGGUCCUACGUUGCCUUUUUACUGACUAAAGAAAUUGAAAUCGUUUUUAUUAUGUCAGUAUUCGUAUUCCGUACUCAUGUUACACUGACGUAGAGCAAUUGAUACCACAUGUCUUUGAAACUGACUUCAUUGCGUAUUUGUCUGUUAUUAAAAUAGUGAAAGGCGUUUAAAAUUGGUAAAUAUGGCAACACCGUAUAGUAGGAUUGGAUCACCAAACAAAUAUUAGUGAAGUGUUUCAGUAAGCAUGGUGGACGAAGUGUUUGUUGUAUUUGCGUUCAAUGUGUUAGUGCAAUAACUAACGUGGUAUAAUAUUUUUUCACAAUAAAACAAAGUUUGUGUUUACUUAAUAAGUGAGUAUUAUUAUUUUUACUUGUUUGUGGGCCCAGUACGUUUGGAUUAUUUUUGUUUCGAGGUGGAACGAGCUCAAAGACAAUGUGAUAAUCAGCUGGCCCGUGAUGUUUGAAGCAUUCGCCAGAAAAAUUUGUAAAUAACAUGUUAAUGAAAAAAGAACAUUACAGCUUCGUCACUUUGCUAUUUUUCUCGUGCAUUAUAUGAAAAAGUUUUACUGGAUAAUUUACACAUGUGUACGUGUUGCCACUGAUGGCCGUCGACGGCAUUGCGUGUUCGGCCCACUUCCGCCAACUUUUUGGCUCCGGCUUUCCAACCAAAACUAUACUUAUCUACGUCUGCAUCCUCCUCGCUGGAUUCCUCCAUCUCAUCGCUGCGGACGACAUCGAAACGAGCCUGUUAUCUGAUUCCAUCAAUGAAAAUGACUCCAAACGCAUUUGUUCAAGCAUGGAUAUUCGAAAUUCAUUGGAAUCAUUCAAGAAACUAGAAAAUUGUGAAGUUAUUGAAGGGUUUCUUUCAAUCCUUCUGUUCGAUAAUGUGAACGAAACUGAGAUGUCAAAGAUUAGCUUCCCUUUAUUGACUGAAAUUACAGAUUAUUUAUUAUUAUACAGAGUAAAUGGGCUUAGGAGUGUGGGUCAGCUUUUCCCUAAUUUAACGGUUAUUCGAGGACAAUCAACUUUCCUCGAUCAUUCAUUUGUAAUAUUUGAAAUGUCAACGCUCCAAGAAAUCGGAUUGCACUCCCUCACGGACAUCAUACAUGGACAAGUGCACAUCGACAAGAAUCCCUCGCUCUGUUUUGUACAUACCAUAGACUGGGAUAGUAUUGUUAAAGAUAAGAGUUCGAAAAACUUUAUUAAGAGUCUCAAGCCGGAAAAUGAGUGUCCUGUGUGUCCUUCUACUGUAGUAAACGGAAACACUACCAUGAGCUGUCCAACUGUGACUGAUGCCGAUGGAAAGGAAAGGUAUUUGUGUUGGAAUAAAAAUCACUGCCAGAAAAAAUGCCCUGGAAAAUGCAGGUCAUGUAAUAAUAAUUUGCAAUGUUGCGACGAAAGCUGUUUAGCCUGCAGCGACGAAAACCCAAAUAUUUGUACAGUUUGUCCCCACAUUAGUUAUGGACAUGGUUCACAAAAAAGUUGCAGGACAAGUUGUCCGAAAGACCUCUAUUCGUAUUUAAAUCGGCGAUGUAUCGACAAACAACAGUGUUUAAACUUACACAAUCCAAUAGAACUACAAACUACAAAUUACUAUCCAGAACCUUACAAGAUACACGAAAAUUCUUGCGUAUUGGUAUGCCCGCCCGAUUACACUGAGAAAAAUUCUACUUGUGUUCAUUGUGGAGGACGAUGUAAACAAACCUGUCCCGGUUUAACAAUUGACAGUAUUGCAGUUUCGACACAACUUCGAGGAUGUACUCAUAUUGAUGGUAGUUUAGAAAUACAAUUAAGAGGAGGAGCAAAUAUCACAGAGUUAGAAGAAAACUUGAAGAUGAUAGAAGAAAUUAGUGGAUAUUUAAAAGUUGUAAGAUCGUUUCCUUUGCUCUCUCUAAAUUUUUUUAAAAAUUUGAAACGUAUACUGGGAAAAGAGAAAGACAGCGGUAAAUAUGUACUCAGCGUUUUAGAUAAUCAAAAUUUACAAGAUCUUUGGGAUUGGUCAACGCAUGGUCCUAUAGAAAUUCAAUCUGGAAAAUUGUUUUUCCAUUUCAAUCCCAAAUUAUGUUACGACAAGAUAUUGAAAUUACAGGAGAUCGCGGGUUUGGCCAACUUUACAGAUUUGGAAGUAGCGAAAAAUUCUAAUGGAGACAAAACAGCAUGCAAUAUUAGCACAUUAAUAGUGAACGUUACAAAUAUACGAUCAAAUUCAUCAACCCUACAAUGGGAAUCGUUCUAUUUAGAUGACCCAAGAAAACUUUUGGCCUAUAUAGUUUAUUAUGUUGAAGCACCAUAUGAUAAUGUUACCCAGUAUGACGGCAAGGAUGCUUGUGGUCAAGAUAAUUGGAGAGUUUUGGAUAUCCCAAAUAAAGAAGGAGAUACAAAUAUAACUUUUGUUAUUAGAGACCUUAAACCAUUCACUCGUUAUGCAUUUUAUGUUAAAACAUAUACAAUUGCUAAUGAAAGAAAUGGAGCCCAGAGUAGCAUCCAGUAUUUUAGAACAUUACCAGCAAUGCCAAUGCAACCAGGUUACCUAGGAGUUAUUAGUAAUUCCAGUGACUCACUUAUCAUCACAUGGGAUCCUCCAUCAGUGCCUAAUGGACCUAUUACUCAUUAUAUUGUUACUGGAAAGAGACACUAUGAUGUAAACUAUUCCAAGGAUCACAAUUAUUGCAAUGAUAAUACACCAAAAGAGGAAGUACACUCCACUCCAAAGCCACCUGUUCAGUAUAAUUGCCAGUGUGAAAGCUCAUCCCAAAAUAAUAUAAAUUUUGACGAAAAUGAAGAAGGCGAAAGAAUUAAAUUUGAGGAUGAUCUUAUUAAUCAGGUUUAUUUAAAAAGGCCUAAAAGAUCGGUGCUGUAUACCAAUUCCACCAUACAAGAAUCUCAGAAUUUCACACAAAAGCAAAUGAAUAAUAGUGACAUAGUUUUUUAUUAUAAGACCGUAAACACUUCGAUCUAUGUAACAAAUCUAACUCAUUAUACAAAAUAUGAAGUCAAUGUACGAGCUUGCCGUGAUGACGAAUGUAGCGUUCCUGCCAAAAAAACUGAAAGGACUAAAGAUAAAGCUGGUGCAGAUCAAAUUAGAAAUUUAACUUUGAUUGAGAAACAUCAAGAUAGUGUAAAAUUGUCCUGGAUCCAACCAACAGACCCUAAUGGAAACAUCUUCGCUUAUAUAGUGGAAUACAAACGGCUUGAUAUUGAUAAUGCUAAAGCAAUUCCAGAGUGUCUCAAUGUAACAGAUAAAAACACAACUUUUUACUAUACUGUUUCAAAAUUAAUUCCUGGUAACUACAGUUUAUGUGUAUACGCAAGAUCGGCUACUAGGAAAGAGCAGUCCAUGCACAUUUUCUUUCAUAUUAAAGAGCCAUCUUCCAAUACAGCACUUAUAGUAUCAACAAUGUUAUCUAUUUUCUUUGUAUGUAUUCUUCUAUUCGGAUUGUGGAUGUACAGAAAAUCCCAAAAGAAACCUGUGGCAACUAGGGACAUAAAUCCCGAAUAUGGAGUGCAUCCUUAUGUAAUGGAUGAAUGGGAAGUUUCUAGGGAUCAAAUCAUAGUGGACAAAGAAUUGGGACAAGGUAGUUUUGGCAUGGUUUGGGAUGGAAUUGCUAAAGAUAUUAGAGGUGCUGCUGAAGUUAGAUGUGCUGUAAAAACUGUACCUCUUCAUGCAACAGAAAGGGAACGCUUGGAAUUCUUGAAUGAGGCCUCCGUAAUGAAAGCUUUCGAUACAACGCACGUUGUAAGGUUAUUAGGUGUAGUGUCUGAAGGUCAACCAACCCUUGUGAUAAUGGAAUUAAUGGCCAACGGAGAUUUGAAGUCUUAUCUUCGGUCGCAUAGACCCGACAUGGAAAACUACAAUCCCAACCACAACAAACAUCCUCCAACAUUAAAGCAAAUCCUGCAAAUGGCUAUUGAAAUAGCAGAUGGUAUGGCCUAUCUUUCAGCCAAAAAAUUCGUACAUCGGGACUUGGCAGCUAGAAACUGUAUGGUUUCUGAAAAUCUAGUGGUUAAGAUUGGCGACUUUGGUAUGACCAGAGAUAUUUAUGAGACUGAUUAUUACCGAAAAGGAACUAAAGGCUUAUUGCCAGUUAGAUGGAUGGCGCCUGAGAGCCUUAAAGAUGGUGUAUUCACAAGUAGUAGUGAUGUUUGGAGUUAUGGUGUUGUAUUGUGGGAAAUGGCUACGUUAGCAUCACAACCCUAUCAAGGACUAGCCAAUGAUCAAGUUUUGCGUUACGUCAUCGAUGGAGGAGUUAUGGAGAGACCCGAAAAUUGUCCAGAUAAAUUAUAUACUUUAAUGAGGUAUUGUUGGCAGCAUAAACCAUCAUCAAGACCUACUUUUCUUAAACUGUGUAGUCUUCUAUUGGAAGAUGCAAGUCCUACCUUUGCUGAUGUUUCGUUCUAUCACAGUCCUGCUGGAGUAGAGGCUAGAGCUUCUCGACACACUCCUUCCCCAAGCCAGGAUGAUCAAACAACUCCAUUAAGGACUGUAGCUGAGAGAUUAAAAGGAUACAUGCCAUCCCAUUCACAAGACUCUGAUGAUUUGGAUAUAGACACUCAUCAUCAGUUUCCUAGUAUAACUGAAAGUGGUGGAGUGAUUACAACUGCCAAUGGUUACGUAAGUGGGUGUCCUACUAAUGGUGCGGCAACGACACAGUGCUAGCCACAUAUCAUUUAUCGACGCCUGAUACUCAGCAUUAACAUUGUUAUAAACUGUACAUUUUGAAACCAUAUAAAUUAUUGAAUAUUGAUAACUCCAAUUUUUUUAUAAAAGAAGUAGAGAUACACGAUAAACAAUACGUACUGUCAUGAAAUUAUUUUAAUUUAUUACAUGAAAAAUGUUUUCAGCUGUUUUUCUUUCCUUUUGAUUACCUUAUACUAUGUAUAAUGAAAGUAUUCAUACCCAUUAUAGUUUUAAUAUCUUGGGUUAUCAACAUUCUAUAUAUACAUCUUCGACUGGUUUUUUAUUUAAAGCAGAACAAUUUUCCAACUUUUGGAAUGUGGAAUUAAUUAAAUAAUUAUAGUGCAACAGUAAAAUUCUUAUAAGAUAGUUGUAUUGUUUUAAUGAGUUUUUACUGAAAACAUUCAAUUUUUAUUAUUAAUUUCCCAUUCUUAUAAUAAUAAGCAGUUGAAAUGUGAACUAGAUAUCUUAUUAGCUUUCAAGCUAUAGAAUACAGAACAAACGAGAUUAUAAUGAAAUUUAUGUUUGUUUUGUUUUAUUAGACUGGUUUUACUCUGUCUCGUAAUUCGGUAAAUACAAAGCGACAGAAAAGUCCCAAUUGACAGUAUUUUGUAAAUAUUUAGCAUAAGAAUUUCGAAAGUGUAAAAGUAUUUUUUCCAUUUAUAUAGAAGAAUCCAAGGGACAAUGUUGUAAAUCUACUCUGUACUUUGAGAAACUUAGUUAAAAGUUGUUACUCUAUUGACGUUAAUAAGCCACUCAUUACAGAUUUUUUUAUAUUUGUUCAGAAACAGUACUAGAAUUUCAAAUACAUUUUUGACUCCUUUCCGGAAUACUAAACCAUUUCUACAGCGAUAUUCUAUAAUUUUGAAUAAUUAUACUACGUACUUUAGACAUAUGCAAGGUGGUCCAGAAUUAUUUACAUUAGUUUCUUCAACUUGUUUCUUCUUAGACCGGUUUAUAUGUUUUUCGUGAUAAUUUAUUUGAUUUUAGGUCUCUGUCCUAUGAAAAUCAAUGUGAUUUUUUUUGAAAAGAGACUUAAAAUGAAGACAAAUUAUCACUAAAUACAUUAAUUUCUAGAUAAUUACAAAAUAAAGGUAUUUCUUUAUGUACACGUACUUGUCUAAAACUUUAUUUAUCCAAAUCACAUGGAGUAGCAGUUCACAUUAAAUUAAUUAUCCUAAUAAUUAUCCUCUACGUUCGCAGAUAUUUGACAAAAAGUCUAAUUCGCCCUUUUAAAAAUUUGUAUUUCCUGUAUUAUUCAGUAUUAAAAACAAAGCAUUAACUGUACUCAGCUACAGAAAUUGAUGUGCAUAAUUUUUUACUGGCUUUUAUCUAGUAAGCCUAUAUCACUAACACGAAUAGGGAAAGGGACUUAAUUGUUCAGUUGUGAAAGUGAGGGGGUUUGCUCUACUAGAGUUAUACCGCUUACGCACAAUGGUUCAAAUAAAAAGUAUAAGAUACAAGUGUAAUAAUAGCUGCUUUCCAAUUACAUUCAAUUUAACUGAGACACUCAGUUAUGUGAGUAUGUUAUACUCAGAUAUCGACGUCAAUACUCAGUGAAUAAAAGGAACGCGUAAUGUGAGUUAAUAUUCUCAAUAACCACAUAAAAUUCACUAUUAUCAUUAGUGGUUCAACCCUGUUACUCGCAGCAAAAGAAACGACAUAACAAAAAUAAUAUUAUUUAUUAGUUCAUUUACAUCAAUAACUGUUUGCAAUCAUUAAGUAUUGUGUAAUUACUUGCUUAUUUUAAUGACAAAAAUGUUCACAAAACUCACCAAAGCACACGAUCUCAAGCUUACUCGUAAAAACUCAUUUAGGUGUGACAGUGAAAAGGAACUUGCAUUGAGUUAUGACGUAUUAAGACUAAUCUGAGUUUUGAUAAAAAUAGAAAGCAGCUAUUAUUUUUUACUUUUUAGGCUACGAUUUUAAUCAUAGGCAUUAGAAAAUGUAAUUAUUUCCCAACAAUAUUCCAACUUUUACAUUACUCUGUGGACCACUGAACUUUUAUUUAUCAUAACUUUUUCUACAAUAAUAAGCAGCUGUAUUAUCGAGUAUGAUAUUUAAAUGCAUUGCAAUUGUAUCAAAAAAAAAUUAUAAUAAAUCAGAAAUGAGUUGGCUUAAAACGAUCAAAUAUAAUUAAAAUGAUGAUAAUUGUAUACACUCAAACUCUAUAAAUAUAUCUAAAGUGAAAUUAAGAGUUUUUCAGGUUAAUUUUUUGUUUGUGGCGUUCGCUGUUCCCGUUUUACUUUUAAAUUUUAAUUUGUUUAAAAUUAAAUAAUAGUAUCGUGAUUAUGUUGAUAAUAUGUAAGUAUUCUUUAUUGAUAUAGGGUUGCCAAACGAUAAUGAAUUAACUCCUCAAUGUUCUAAUGACAGUAACUGUGAAGUGAGAUUGAAAAUAUAAAAUUUGUUUUCACAUUUCACGUUUUAAAACUUAUUGUACCCAAGUAUUAUCCACAUUAAAAAAUUUUUUGAUAUUAAUCUUUCAAAAGUAUUAAUUAAAUUGUCUAACAAAUCAUUUAAUUCUUAAUUUGUAAUAUUACUAAAAAUAAUUUGAAUUGAUGAUGAGUGUGUUUCAUUUUGGUUUGGGGGCCUGUUAAUAUUUAUUGUAAGGUCUAAAAUAGAAAGCUCUGGUAACUUUACCUUAAGAAUGCAUACAAAUUGUCUAAAUAGGGUCUAACGGCACUAUAAUGUAGUUAAAAUUGAAAAUGUAGAUACGUUAACGGUGCAUUAAUUUGAAAAUAGUAAAAAGUUGUAUAUAAUACAAUCACUUGUGUCAUCAUUCAUUGGAAAUUUUUCGAUAGUUGAAAAUAGAAUUUUUUUAACAUUAAAUUUCUUUUAUUCCUAUAACUAUCACCAUUUAGUAACAUAAUUUUCUUUACUUCUCAACUGGUUAGCUUUAUCUAAUACAUACAUGUUUCAAAUAUACAUACAAUAUAAAAGAUACUAUUUUUACAGAGAUAUUAAGAUUUUAUGUAUAGCAUUUAAACACAACUUUUUCCAAUUUUUGAAAUAAUGUGGUUUGUUGAAAUUCGAGUUGAAGAUGUAAUUUAUGAAGUAAAUUAUCUUCAUCGAAGAUAGUACAGAUGAAAAUGUGUAGAUACUGUCUUUGAAAUUUGACAUUUUAGACCUGUUAUUAUUUGUGCCAGUUGGUCCUUAAUUCGUUUCUUUAUUCUUAAUUAUAGAUUAUAGAAGUAUUCUUACAGAUCUGAAAUUGUUCAGUGAAAGACGUGACAUGACCUAAUUAAGAAUAGAUUUAAGUUGGAAUUACCAAAGAUAGUGAUAUUUAUUUUAAUGCAUUUGUUGGAAGCCCUUAUUAAAAAAAAUUCAAGACUAUGACAAUAAUGGAGGAGUUUCAUGUUGAAAAAAUGAUAGGAAAACUUCGAAUAUCUUGUGUGCCAAUUCAUGAAGUUUCCAGCUUUCGGAAUAGAAAUUCACUAAAUUAAUUCAGAUGUAAACCUGAAAGUAUACGAUUUUAACUAAAAUAUUUCAAUAUGCCACGAGCUGAUUUGUAUAUUAAAUAUAUAUAUAUAUAUAUAUAUAUA